GAGCUCUUUUCCCUCUACGGCGAUCUUCGAUCAUCCCUCUGUUCUCCGGAGAUUUUCGCCGUGCACGUUUCUCUAUCCGUGUUUUGUAUAUACCCAACCUUAUACCGAGAUCUUUAACUCUAUCUCCAUCAAGUUUGGCGGCUUCCGACGACGGCGUCGUAGAUCUGUUUGGCUCAAAAGAGGAGAUCUAGGCGAAAGACGCUCCUUGUUGCAGAUACUUUCCUCAGGACCUGGACUAACGUUUGUGGAAACUGCCCAAGCCAUUCUGAUAUGGAUGGUUGCAAAGCUAUAAGUAGAUCACCUUCGUUAUUUAAUGGUAAUCAAGAUGCAGCAGCAGAGAGGCGAAAGCAGAAAGGAGGCUCAUGGUAUUGGAUGGUCUGUAGGUAGCAAAGAAGGAUCCUCAUCUAUAAAUUCGGCAUUAGAAGAAGAAGAAGAAACAAAGCGAAUGGCUGUACAACAAAUGAGAGCAGUGCAGUCGUCGUCAUUGUUAGAGCAAAGCUUCCUUUUCUGCCUAAACGAGUAUGGAUUUCAUCUAGUUGACCACUAUCAGAUCUCGAAGCUUUAGAUCUCAAAGUUGGUCGUUACUUGUUUCCAAUCGACUUCACGGCCGGUCUAGCGUUGCGAGAUUGAUUUGUAGAGAAAAAAAAAAUGGCUACAAAGCGACAAGAGAAGACAAGUUUUAUCAAGGAUGUUGCUCGGUUGGUUUCCCAAAAGGGUUUGGAGACUGAGAAGACGCUGGUGGCCCUUAAUAAGGAUAAUGGUGAAAAAUUUAGCUUUUUGUUGAGGUCAGACCCUUAUCACGCAUACUACCAGGAUAAGCUUAAUUAUUACCGUAAGGAGGUGGCUCAGGUUACCAGCAGGCCUCAUGCUCCUCCGGCUACUGCUAGUCAUAAUUGCUCUGUAGCUGAUGAUGGUGAAGAAGAAGCCUUUUGUCUGUUGCCUACUUAUAGUACUCUGUGGAGUAGUUCGUUCAGUCGUCCUCCUGGUAUCUCACUCAAGGAUUUAUAUAUCAUGAAGCUCACUGCUCAGUUUAUAGCGCGGUAUGACAUGCACUUUCUGCGAGCUUUGAAGGAGCAUGUGGCUCAGAAUCCGAAACCUCAGUUUGAUUUUUUGAAGCCGACUAGUAGCAGGUUUAAGUUCUGUGGUGGGCUUGUUCGUGGUUACGCCAGUGUAAUAAGGCCAUACAUAGAAUCUCUGAUGAGAGAUGGUGGUGGCAUUAUGCCGUUAGUGCUGCCACCCGGUGAGUGUUGGACGAGAUAUGAUGAUUAUGACGAUAUGCCGCUCUGUCUUCAGUUUUUCUUCGACCGUCUUCAAUUGGAGAAGCUGGAGGCUGGGGAUGAGAUGGCUCUGAUCGACUUGCAUGCUUUCGUGAGUGGUGUCGACUUUUUUGCCCAGAGGGAUAAUGACGCCUUUGCUACUGUCAUGUCAACAACUCCACACCUUUCGAAGAUGAUGUACGAAUGGCCUCAAAUGCAGCCAUCGAAGCUUGUUAGUGAUGAUGAUACAGAACCAGAGCUAAUAGAUGCACCUCGUUCAUAUGAAAUCCUGGAGAAGCAGCUCACGCUCAAGGAGCUGGGUAUUAUUAAGCUGACAGCGAUGUUUGUGGCUCGGUAUGGCUCAGAAUUUCGGCGGGAUUUGAUGGAGGUAGUCUUGAUGAACCCUCUGUUUGAGUUUCUGCAGCCAAGUGAUUGCAAGUGUUCAAAGUUCUUCAGCUCGCUUGUUAGAGUGUAUUCCACUGUUAUAAUGCCUUCCGACAAGUUGUGGUACGGUGACGAUUCUACGGCUUUCGCCCUUGAGUUUUUCUCCCGCACUCUCCAGCUGGAGAAGCUCGAAAACGGAGAUGAGACGGCUGCUAUUGAUUUGCAUGCGCUUGUGGGUGGAGUUGACUGUUUUAGUCACAUGAGUGAAAGCCUCUUUCUUGCUUUCGCUCCACAACCUGAACACCUUUCGACUAUGGUGAAACGACGGGGAUGUCAGCUUCUUACUGAAUUCCAUAAGGCUGAUGAUGAGAAUCUAGAUGGAACUGAUCAACCUGAUGGAGUAGCUCGGCCUUACCGUUUCAAAAGUAGUUUUAAGUUCCCUGAAAAGGGGAUCACAGUCAGGGAGCUUGGUGUUAUUAUGCUCACAGCACAGUUCGUGCAGCGGUACGGGGAGAAGUUCCGGCUGGGUUUGAGGAGGAGAGUUGUUAUGAACACUCAGUUUGGGUUUAUGGUCUUUGGUGACAGGAGGCACUAUUUCUAUUGCGGCCUUCUUUGUGCGUAUAGAAGUGUAUUAAGGCCCUGCAAAAGGAUGAAGAGGAGCGCUGCGUAUACAGAUACCGUUCUUGACAUGUUUUUCGAGAUUCUCCAAUCGCAGGAGGGGGAGAGAAUUGGUUUGCAUGAUUUUGUGGGUCUUGUUGACUGGUUUGCUCACGUGGAGGAGGAAUAUUAUUCUGUUGUGGUGCCAGCACCUGUACACGUUUUGAUGAAUAUGAUCCCACCAACACUCAGGCUGCCUAAUACGCUUUUGCUGCCUCCAAUGAAACCUUCAGUUACUCAUGAUCCUGCUCAAAGAAGACAUGACCAUCUUGCAUCUCCUGCUGGGCGGUCCACACUCCGGGAAGAGUAUAUUAUUAAGGUGACGGCGCAGUUUGUGGUGCGGUAUGGGACGAGUUUUGAGCGAGCUUUGAGGAGGAGAGUGGCUGAGACACCUAAGUUUGAGUUUAUGAAGCCGACUGGUAGAAAGUUCCGUUUGUAUGCAAGUUGUGUUGAGGGGUUUGCACAAGUAUUAGAGCCUUGCAAAAAACGUGUUGAUUGUAUGGACACAGUUCUUGAGGGUUUGUUCUGUUUUCUGGAUCGUGAGCAUGAGGAGGCAGUGGGCAUCGGGUUGCAUGGUUUUGUGGAUGUUGUGGAUUGUUUUGCUUCCAUGGAUCAUGUGGUGCCACAAUGCCUCAUUCCACCGGGAUGCCAAGUUCAUCUUCGUGCUCAUGGUCAGCCUUCAAGGAGGGGGAUGAAGCGACCUGCACCAUUUGAGGAACCAGAGCCAAAUAGGAAGAGAGCCAAAAAGACAAACAGACUAGAGUCAGGUCUUGGUCCAGAAGAAGACCAUUCUCAUGCUAAACAUCCGGGUUGGUCUACUUCAAUCACGGUAUUUGUUCCAAACGUCGGUGAAGUGAAAGUAGCUGGGUGAUCCAAAACAAACAGGGGGAAGCACAACCGCUUUUUAUCAACUCUUAUUUAUUUUGGAUUUGGGGCCUCAACUUGCAACGUUUCCUUCUCUCUAGUUAUGUAAUAUAUGUGUUAUUCAAGUACACACUCUUGAUUUAGCGCAGAUCUUUUAUCUAUUUUUAAUCAUAAAAUAUUCUAACAAA